GCGCGGGGCGGCGGCCGGCAGAGCCCCCCGCGCCAUGGAGCCGCAGGCACAGGGCCUGUUGGAAACCCAGUCUUUGCAUGAAGCAGAUGAAGAUGUGGUCACUGAUGUUGAUUUCACCAAUAUGAUUUCUGAAGAAGAAAAAGAAGAGUUAAAGAUUGAGCUAGCCAAGCUAGAGGAUGAAAUUUCAACUUUGCGGCAAGUGCUAGCAGCCAAAGAAAAGCACCUGGUUGAAAUUAAACAAAAGCUUGGCAUAAGUCUGAUGAAUGAACUGAAGCAGAACUUUAGCAGAAGCUGGCAUGAUAUGCAGACAACUUCUGCUUACAAGAAAACACAUGAGACCCUGAGCCAUGCAGGACAAAAAGCAACAGCAGCUAUCAGCAAUGUAGGAACUGCUAUCAGCAAGAAGUUCGGAGAUAUGAGAUCGCAUUCAAUUGGUUACUCUAUUCGCCAUUCCAUAAGCAUGCCUGCGAUGAGGAAUUCUCCAACAUUCAAAUCAUUUGAGGAGAAGGUUGAGACCACUGUCACAAGCCUUAAGACCAAGGUUGGUGGGACAAGCCACACAGGGGGCAGUUUUGAAGAAGUUCUCAGCUCUACAGCCCAGGCCAGCGCUCAGAGCUCUCUUGCUGGCACCCGACUCCCUGAGAGCGAAGAAGAGCUUCAGUGUUAGACCGCAGGCCCUCCUGAGCCUCACAUGCCUCUCUUCAGAGACUUGCCCAGCCCGUGAUUUUUAGACCUGCCUCACCACCCAACUUGUGCAACAAGGUUUACUCACCUUUGGAAAAUUGCGUCCCUGACCUUGUGCUGGAGAAACGUCUCCUCUCUCUAUUUGUAUUUUGGAUGGGCCAUUUUAUCAUCAGGUACUUUGUACACCAUAGAAACCACAUGCAAGUCAUUGACUUCACAUAGAAUUUAGAGCAUUGUAAGUGACCAAAAUAGUUUUCAUUUCAACAUAACUUCCCUCCAACAAUCUCCCAGUCUCUGUUUCUUAUUACUUUUAGUUGACUGUUUUCUAUCUGUUGGUUUCCAAGUCCCCUCUCAGUGCCACAUCGGGCAGAUGGACCUAGAGCUGUGCAAAGAUUGCUACUGCCAGCAAUAGUCCAUAUACCAGCUGUCUACCAGCCAUACCAGGUACCCUUUGCUCAGGAGUGUCUGUACAUGAUCUGUUUCCUAACGGAAUUAAAAUCACUUGUCACACAAACUUUUUUCUCCUACACUGCUACAGUCUGGCAUUGCCCUCCACCCAUUAGUCAGCAGAGUUAAGGAGGACAGGAGGAGACACCCAGUUAUUCAUAUAGAAACUGAACUGAUCGCAGCUGCUGAUUUAACAUGAUCAUUGUAGCUGGAAAAGCUUCCAUUUAAGAAUAUGUUCCAUUGCUUGCUCUCUGGGGUUUGAUACGACUUGACAGUAUAAGUUAAUUACAAAAGGAAGUGGAGCAGAGGGAACCUCUAAUAUUUUUGCCUCCGUAUCUUUGCUUCAAAAAUAAGGGAAGGUAUAUUUAUGAGCCUCAGUCAAGAUACAGCCUUAAGUGAAGGAACACAAAACCAACAAUUGGCUUAAGACGUGCCAUAGGUUAGAGAGCCCAUGCCUUCAGUCCGCAUUUCAGAGCUGCUAGCAUAAACCCUGUAAUCUUACAAUACACAGGAUGAGCGGGUACUUCACUUUUGGUGUCAAAUUUUGUUGUGCUUCACUCCAGGACAUAAUUCCACCAACCGCAUCUUAUCUGCUUAAUCACCAAGAGCCAGUUCUCUCUCAGCUUUCAUUCAGCAUGUUUUCUUGCAUCCUUUUAUCAUUUUUUCUAAGAGAAGAGCAGCACACUUGUGACACUAUCUUGCUGUCUAGUGAGCCCGUGUCAGUCUGCAUGUUGCAUUACUCAGUUCACCAGACUGAGAUGAGCACAACUUUUAUCGAUAAAGUAUAAACAAGAUGGAAAACAGUCUGGCUACUCUCAAAAUGGAUGCAUUUUUUUGAGCAUAAGCCAAAGCUUCAAAUCAAUGUUAGUGAGUUUGACAUUACAGGCUGCUUAAAAUCUUGUGAGGAAACUUGGCUUUAAGUGAUUUUUUUCCUGUGUGGCUUUUGUUACAGUUUUUACAAAGUUGGAAGUCCUUUUGUAAUGUUCUAAUGGACAUAAGUUAACUUUGGACAUUUAUAUCAAAUGCCUCUUUAGUGUGAUUUUUAGCAUGGAAGCAAACCUAAUUAGGUUUUUUUAGUACAGUUUUCUUGUGACAGUUUGCUAGCUUAUUUUACAUGGUUUUGUGCAUAAAUGUGCAUUUAUUUAAAUAAAAAAGAUAGAUAUUAAUGGUCAACUUAGUUUGUGUAAAUGAAGUUAUUGAUAUUCUUAUUAAAAAUAAAUUUCUCUCUUAGUCUUUUACA